AGUAAAAUUUUGGAAGAGGAACAGCUCAUCGAAGAAAUACAUAAACGUCCCCCGCUGUGGAAUUUCAAGCUUCCUCUUAGUGAACGAACUAUGCAAGCCAAAAAAAAACUGUGGGAAGAGAUAAAAACAGCGAUGAACAAUACAAUAGACAUUGCGACUAUGAAGAAAAAAUGGAAGUCAUUGUGCGAUACUUAUAGGACGUAUAAAAGUAAGCAGCAGAAACCAAGCGGUUCAGCAGGGACCUCACAAAAGAAAUGGGUGCACUUCGAACGAAUGAAGUUUCUUAGCGAUAUGCAGCCCGAAAUCGAAACUGUAACCAAUAUCGCGACAUUUCUCAGCGAAGAGUCUAAUGAUACUAUGACUUUUGAUGAAUGCAGCAGCAGUGGUCGUGGAUCACGUAAUCACAAACGUAGCUGCAGUAGCAUAGAUAGCGAAGAUGGUACCAAUUUUGACCGAUUAAUUGAUGCUAUAAAUCAACCGAUUAGCAUACCACCAUUUGUGCCUCCUACGCCACCACCCUCUGACAAAGCAGCUUUGUAUGGUAACCUUGUUGCUGCUCAAUUACGAGAAAUCAAUCCUCAGAUUAUGGAUGACUUAAUGCUACAAGUGAUGCAAUUGCUUAAUAAUGUUAAGAAAAAAAAUUCUAAUUAA